AUGGCAGGCUUGGAAACGAACCUGGGAGAGCUUUUGCUGACAGCUGCCCAAGUUUCUCCGGGCCAAUUGUGCUUAGAGACCGAAGAUGCAGGAUACACUUUUGAGCAGAUUGCUUUGAUGGUGGCUGGCAUACGAAGAGUGCUUCGUAAGGCUCUCUCGAGCCUGGCUGAGCCGCUUCAUCCAGGAUCUCCUCUCCGUGCGCAUGAGCGCCGUGCCGAUGAGCACGUGGUGACCAUUGUGUUGGAGCGGGGAGUGAAAAGCCUCGCCUCCAUCCAUGCUGCGAUGCUUGAGAGGUGUGCCUACAAUGCCUUUGACGUAGCAGAGCCAGUCGAGAAGCUUCAAAGCUGGAUUGACGUCUGCCAUCCUGCAGUCAUCAUCUCCACGCAAGCCCUUUUCACACGCUUGCACCUCGACGCACUCUCCAAGUCGAGCCAAUUCCCUCAAUACGUCUUGGAUGUGGAUUGGGCCUUGAAGUGUCAGCAGAAACCUAUAGCAGCCAAGUGUGACCAAGAGGACCUCGACAGGCUGGCAUACCUGAUCUUCACCAGUGGCAGUACUGGCAAACCAAAGGCGGUGAUGAUUCGACAUGCGUCGGCGCUGAAUGUGGCACGAGUCUGGAGUGCAGCGAUUGGACUUUGCAGCGCAGAUCGCUUUGCUCAGAUCUCGUCGAUGUCCUGGGAUGUUCAUGUCAUAGAGAUCUAUGGUGCUAUGGCUGCUCAGGCGACCAGUGUCACCUGUCCCGACAUCGUCAAGCAGUCUGGUCCAGAUAUGCUUCUGUGGUUGAGACACAAACAGAUCACGGGCAUGAGUGCGGUGCCAUCACAUUUGCGCACGAUGCAGUGCAGUUCAGGGCCUGUGUCCAGCCUUGCUGGACCUGCGUUGGGUGUAAACCUCCCACAGCUUCGCAUUGUGGAUGUGGGUGGGGAGGCUUUGGGUGCAGAUGUGGUCUCAACUUGGGCUCCGGGCCGUCUCCUCUUCAACAGCUACGGGCCAACAGAGAUUUCGGUGGUGUGCACAGGCCUUCUUGGGGUGGUGACGCAUAGCUUUGGUGAGAACAGUUGGCCAGUGCUUUGCGCCGUGGUGCAGGGAAUCGUCAUUGUGGUGGAGCCGGUGCUGAUAGCAUCUCGGAUGAUGUUGGCAGAAAGGGUGCUGUUGCCACUGACCUUUGUCGUACCUUUGUGGCAAAGCUUCUUGCUGGUUUGGGCAAUCAUCAUUUGUGAGAAGAUCCUUCGAGUCAUUGUUUUGUUGGCUGCCAAGUGGGUGCUCAUUGGACGAUACAAGGAGGCAAAGCAUGACAUUUACAGUUUGUUUUACUUGCGGCAUUGGCUGGUGGAGCGUAUUGCUGAUGGCACCAUCAUUGGUACCGAAACACCUCCCGGGACCAGUGUGGCCUUCCACUUUCUGCGGAACCUGGUCCUGAGAGCCCUUGGUGCAGAUGUUGCAUUGACUGCUAUGAUCUUCACACGCGUGGUGGCUUUUGAUCUUGUGUCAGUGGGACAUUUGGCCACCGUGAAUGGCUUGAAGUGCCUUACUGCCGUGAACUAUGGAGAGGGAAAGAUGGUAUUAAGAUCCAUUUCCGUUGGCGAAGGUGCCUUUGUUGGUGCCAACUCGCUCCUGGAGCCAGGAAGUCGGGUCGCUGCCGCCAGCCAUGUGGAAGCUUUGUCCAUGGUUCCCGGCUCCAAGGUGUCAGGCCGAGUUGCUGGGGUUCCAGCUGAAUCGAUCGAGUGUCAUGCGGCGAAGCCCCGUAGCAUUCCUUUGGCUUCUGAGGUGCGCAGUUUUCGUCUGAAAGCAGCUCUCAUGGCUUCCACUUACUGGCUCUUCACACCGCAGGCCGUGAUACCCUUUAUCACAGUCAUGAUCUUUCAGCUUGAGGCAGGCUCAGAGGACUCAGUGGAUUUUGACUUGAAACGCUUUGAUUCCCUACCAGAAAGUGUACUCAGCUUCUUGCCACAGCUCCCACUUUGGAGCUUUGCUUGUACUCUCCUGAUUCUGGCUCUGCAGCUGCUUCUGACCGCUUUGAUUUGCCGAUUGUUGCCCAGAGUAAAGCCACCCUGUAGCUACUUGCUGACCAGCGUCCGGGGCCAGAUGGUCUCACUGAAGAUGUUGUGGAUCAAUCAGGCAUCCCAAUUGCUGCAAGACGCUUCCAUGGGACCAGCCUUCAUGCGUAUGUGCGGUGCUCGUUUUGGUCGAGGAGUUUCCAUAGCUGCAGAAGUCAUGCUGCCUGACACAUUGGUGGUGGGAAAUUGUUGCUUCAUUGCUACACGAAACAUCCUCACCAGCGCGACGGUGGACCAGGGUCAGUUCAAAGUUCCAUGUGUUACACACCUGGGUGACAACUGCUUUGUAGGGAACGACAACUGCUUGCCGGCGGGGCUGCCAGAGGGCAGCUUCUGCGGUCUGAAUACAUCGCUACCCAAAAGGCUUGACCAGAAGAACUUGGGCUACUUCGGAACCCCUGCGAUGACCUUCAAACGCCCAAGCAGCUUAAGCAAGGAUGGCUCACCAGAGGAAGCUUCCACUGCAGCUUUGUGGUGGUUUCACUUCAGCACCAAUGUGAUUGAUGUCUUCAUUUUGCGCGGCUUGCAGGCCAUGGUUGUUGCAUCUUCGCUUGUGAUGAGCAGGUGCCUGUUUCCUUCCACCACGAACACUUCGGUUCUGGCCGUGCUAUUCAUGGUGACGCUUAUAUACCUCCUGAUGAAAGUUGCAUCUUGGCUCGCCUUUUCUGUCGUUCUUGGCAGGCUCUUGUACAACGAAGCCAUCCCAACCAGCAGCACGUACCACUCCACGACAGUCACGCGGUGGUUCACAUCUAUCAUGCUCCAAAAGUUCAUUUUCACUUCGCCCUUUCGUACGGGGGGAACUCGUUGGCAUGCACAUCACUUUCGUUUGCAAGGUGCCAAAAUUGGUCAGCGGUUCUUCUGUGUGCAGGACUAUUCCCUAAUAGACGCACCGUUUAUCUCAAUUGGAAAUGAUGUGAUCGUAGACUAUGAUGCAGACAUCAGAGGCCACUCAUUCGAGGACCGCCGAUUGAAGUUUUCUCCGGUCACGAUUGGCAACAGAGCACGGAUCAUGGCAGCUGCCAAGGUUUCCAUGAGUGACGUCGGUGAUGGAGCCAUGUUGCGACCAGCAAGUGUCACUUGGAAGGGCAACAACCUUGAACCCAACAGAGUCUAUCAAGGAGCUCCAGCAGUCGAAGCGAGUGCAUUCAACCUAGGAACGAGUGCAGAUAAGUUUGGUGAUUCUAAUUAG